AUGAUGGAUUUUGACGAAAGAGUCCCCGUCGGUUCGAACAUGUAUCUGCCCAGUUGCACUUAUUAUGUUUCGGCAGCGGGGGCUGACUUCUCCGCGCUGCCCUCGUUUUUGUCCCAGAGCCCUUCCACACGCCCGGUCACGUACUCGUACUCGUCCAAUCUGCCGCAGGUCCAGCCGGUUCGGGAGGUGACGUUCAGGGACUACGCUGCUAUUGACGCGUCCAGUAAAUGGCCACACAGCCGGGCGAACCUGCCUCAGUGUUACCCCAGCGCGGAGGAGGUGGUUCACCGGGACUGCCUCUCCGCCCAGUCCGCUGUUGUGAGCGACGUGUUCGGGAAAAACAGUCCACUCACCGCGGCGUACCACCAUCACCACCAGCACCACCAGAGCUCGUCCAAUUUCUACGGCAACGUGGGGCGGAAUGGCGUCCUGCCGCAAGCCUUCGAUCAGUUUUACGAGACGGCGUACGACAACACCGCCUCCAACAACAAUAGCAACAACAGCAGCGGCACCACCACGGCGAACUUCUCAGGGGACAAAGGCAAGAGCAGCGCGGCGGCGGACAGCGAGGACACCGCCGCGUCCGAGCACAAGGAGCCGCGGGGGGACACCAGCAGCCCCGAGCUCUCCUCUGGCAACAAUGAGGAGAAGUCCAGCGGCAGCAGCGGCAGCAGUGGGCAGAGGACUCGCAAGAAGAGGUGCCCUUAUUCCAAAUACCAGAUCCGAGAACUUGAACGCGAAUUCUUCUUUAGCGUGUACAUAAACAAGGAGAAACGCCUGCAACUGUCGCGGAUGCUCAACCUCACCGACCGGCAAGUCAAGAUCUGGUUUCAGAACCGGCGGAUGAAGGAGAAAAAACUCAACAGGGACAGGCUACAGUAUUACACAUCCAACCCUUUGCUCUAAUACCACCCGGGGAGCCUCUCUGUACAUUGACUCAGCUUCAGACGGCUCACUGUACGGCCGUGCGUCACAGCGGCGCGCCGGGACGCAGCAGCAAACAUAUGGUUAAUUUCAAGUUCGAGGACAGCUGGGAUGGAACACUUCAAAACGGGACUGAGUGAACCGCAUUGUGGACUUCACGAUUCACUCUAAGGACGGGACUUUGGCGAGGACUUGCGGGCUUGGGCCUACAUGUGAAUACGCGCCUUUGCCGUGGACUCAUUGACAAAGGUGUUUUUUUUUUUUUUUUGUAAUCAAAGAAGAGGGAGAAAUCACAACGCGCACGACGGCGACACGAAUCAGCAAAGUGGUGUGACCAAAAGUCCAAUCAGGCUCUGAGAAUGUACCGUAGAACUCGGUGUGUUAGGCUAUUUAUUUUGUAACCACUCCUUUAUUCUUGUUAUUUCAAAAAAAACAAAAAAAACAAAACAAAAACAAAAACAAAAAAGCCAAGGCCAGUUCAAAAACAAGAAGACACGCGUAAUAGAAGUGCGCUCUAUCCAAGACUAUCAGUGGAAUAUAUUGGUGAUAAAACAGGCCAGAACCAGGGGAAUAAGCUCCGCAGUGUCACACACCCUCCAUGCCCACACAGGUAACACGGCAGGACGGUAUCAAUAUUACUCCGCGUAAGAUCUAUUUUCAUGACUCUUUUGGUCCUUGGGAGGAGAGACGUUUCCAUCUCCAAGGCUGGUCAGGGUCAUGCGGCUUGGUUAUGUCCAGAUUAUGAUGUAUCAUAUAUUUACAAAUAAAAUCACACGAAUAAAUAUGUAUGAGUGCUU